CAGAUCCACAGAGUCUCUGGGAGGAGAGGCGCCAGCAUGACCACCACCUGGACUGAGGGUCACCACUCCCCAGGCCUCCCUGUGCCCCUCUUAAAGGCCACUCUCUGCUGGGCUCUGCUCAGGCAGAACUCUGGCUUCCAGAAGAGACGGUGGCAGGGAUGUUGGGAGACUGGGAGGAGCAAUGCAGGGAGCUUUGAGGAACAGUUACUCUGACUCACCCAGGGAUUCUCCUGUCUGCCUGGGGCAGGCGCUGGUGGGCCGGCUGUGAGACAGGUCAUUCACAACAGCGCCACUAGGGGUCACCACAGCCCCAGUGGGAAAAGGGGGAGUGGGGGCUGAGGGAACUUCAUUAGUCCCUCUACCACAUCCCCUCCCCAAGCUGAGAGACAGAUGUCUAGCUAGUUGGGUGGGGAGGGGGAGUAGCGGUGGAGAAAUGACCCUUGAGACUGCUGUGUGGUCCAACUAAACAGCUGUGUGUGUGUGUGUAUGUGUUUGGGUGAUUGUGAUAUGCGGGUGUGGGUAUACAGAUAGGCAUACACUUGAUAAAAAUCUGGUGACCAUAUACGCAUGUAUAGGUGGCCCUGUGUACAUGUGAAUGGGAGCAUGUACAUGGGUGCAGACAACUACAAGGAUAUAAGUAACCAGCGUGGAAAUGCACAAAUGCAUAGCCUGACUGUGGUGUGGGGGUGUGUACACACAGAAGUACCCUUGAUAAAAGUCUAGUGUCUGCGUUGUGUGGCAUUUGUGUUCAUCUGGGCAGGAGAGUACAUAUGGGUAUAUUUGUAUAAAAAUACGUAUAUAUGAACAAGCCUGAUGUGAGUGUGGGAGCGUGUCUGUAUGUGUGAGCAGUACAUGUGUGUGAACGGGUAUAACACGCAGUGGAAGUGUUUGUGUAGAUAUAUGAGGGUGAUUUGCAUGUAUGGCUGAGUGUGUGUGAGGGCAGCAUUUGUUGGGGCGGCACAUACAUGAGUGUGUACCACAGUGUGUGUGAGUGUGAGCCAGUGCCGACUGUGGGAGUCCUUCUGGGAAGGAGUGUGAAAGGAGACUCCAGUGUGAGAAGCAGCCUGUGUAAGUUUGUCAAGGGAGGGAGAGGAACUGCGUGUGUGGGCUCACACGUGUGCCCCAGCGUGCGUGAAUGUGUGGGCAUGGGCGAGUGUGUCACACUCGGUGGCUCCCGGUCAGUGGGCCCCCAGCCCGGCGGUGCCAGGCUGAGUCCAGAGCACACCCGGUGAGGGAAGUGGCCGAGGCUCCCACCUGAAGAUUGGCCCAGUCCUCAGGUUUCACUCAUGACCCUGUGACAUCAGCGGCAGCAGCUGUCCCCGCCGGCCCGGCCCCCCGGCCAAGUCCCCCAGAGUCGCAGCCGCAGCCGCGGUGGGCACGGCGCUCCGGCUCGGCACAAGCACUCCGCUCCCGUCCAGCAGCUGAAGCCACACAGUUGCCGGAGCUUGGGCCCAGGAGGCGGUUGAGAGCACUGGGGCAUUGGGCCCACAUCCCUAAGGCUGAAGAGGAUCUGGUUGGUUUGCUGUCAGUCCUGAGGGCAGCCAACCCCUUGCUGGGGAGAGUGUGGUGCAGGGCUCAGGGGUGAUGCUCUUGUGUCCAGCACCUGUGCAGCAGCAGCGCCUGGGCCUUGCAGGCACAUCUCCUAAUCCAACAGGGCCUGCACGCCCACCACCCCAGCCUGGCCCCUGGGCAGGCGGGAGGUGAGUAGCAGACAGCAGGCCCCAGCACCCCAGGGACUGCGCACUGCAGCUGCCCCAGCUUCCCGCCACCCUCCUGGCCUGUGAGCCCAGGAUGCAAGGAUGGCCAACUCGUCUCUGCCCACUCUGGUGCCUCUGGGCCCUGAGAGCCUGCGCCCCUUCACCCGGGAGUCCCUGGCAGCCAUAGAACGGCGGGCGUUGGAGGAGGAAGCCCGGCUGCAGCGGAACAAGCAGAUGGAGAUCCAGGAGACUGAGCGGAAGCCGCGCAGUGAUCUGGAGGCUGGCAAGAACCUGCCUCUCAUCUAUGGGGACCCUCCACCAGAGGUCAUCGGCAUCCCUCUGGAGGAUCUGGACCCCUACUACAGCAACAAGAAGACCUUCAUCGUGCUCAACAAGGGCAAGGCCAUCUUCCGCUUCUCCGCUACACCUGCUCUCUACAUGCUGAGUCCCUUCAGCAUCAUCAGACGCAGCGCCAUCAAGGUGCUCAUCCACUCGCUGUUCAGCAUGUUCAUCAUGAUCACCAUCUUGACCAACUGCGUGUUCAUGACCAUGAGUGACCCGCCUCCCUGGUCCAAACAUGUGGAGUACACCUUCACAGGAAUCUACACCUUUGAAUCCCUCAUCAAGAUGCUGGCCCGAGGCUUCUGCAUCGACGAUUUCACAUUCCUCCGGGAUCCCUGGAACUGGCUGGACUUCAGUGUCAUCAUGAUGGCGUACCUGACAGAGUUUGUGGACUUGGGCAACAUCUCAGCCCUGAGAACCUUCCGGGUGCUGCGGGCCCUGAAAACCAUCACGGUCAUCCCAGGGCUGAAGACGAUUGUGGGGGCCCUGAUCCAGUCGGUGAAGAAGCUGUCAGAUGUGAUGAUCCUCACCGUCUUCUGCCUGAGUGUCUUUGCCCUGGUGGGGCUGCAGCUCUUUAUGGGAAACCUGCGGCAGAAGUGUGUGCGCUGGCCCCAGCCCUUCAACGACACCAAUACCACCUGGUACGGCAAUGACACCUGGUACAGCAAUGACACGUGGAACAGCAAUGACACGUGGAGCAGCAAUGACAUGUGGAACAGCCAUGAGAGCAUGGCCAGCAACUAUACCUUUGACUGGGAUGCCUACAUCAAUGAUGAAGGGAACUUCUACUUCCUGGAGGGUGCCAAGGAUGCCCUGCUCUGUGGGAACAGCAGUGAUGCUGGGCACUGCCCCGAGGGUUACAAGUGCAUCAAGACUGGGCGGAACCCCAACUACGGCUACACCAGUUACGACACCUUCAGCUGGGCCUUCCUGGCUCUCUUCCGCCUCAUGACACAGGACUAUUGGGAGAACCUCUUCCAGCUGACCCUUCGAGCAGCCGGCAAGACCUACAUGAUCUUCUUUGUGGUGAUCAUUUUCCUGGGCUCCUUCUACCUCAUCAAUCUGAUCCUGGCAGUGGUAGCCAUGGCGUACGCGGAGCAGAAUGAGGCCACCCUGGCUGAGGAUCAGGAGAAAGAAGAGGAGUUUCAGCAGAUGAUGGAGAAAUUCAAAAAGCAGCAGGAGGAGCUGGAGAAGGCCAAGGCUGAUCAGGCUUUGGAAGGUGGGGAGGCAGGCGGGGACCCAGCCCACAGCAAAGACUGUAACGGCAGCCUGGACACAUCACCAGGGGAGAAGGGGCCCCCAAGGCAGAGCUGCAGCGCAGACAGCGGCGUCUCAGAUGCUAUGGAAGAGCUGGAAGAGGCCCACCAGAAGUGCCCGCCAUGGUGGUACAAGUGUGCCCACAAAGUGCUCAUAUGGAACUGCUGCACCCCAUGGGUGAAGUUCAAGAACAUCAUCCACUUGAUCGUCAUGGAUCCCUUUGUGGACCUGGGCAUCACCAUCUGCAUCGUACUCAACACCCUCUUCAUGGCCAUGGAACAUUACCCCAUGACGGAGCACUUUGACAAAGUGCUCACCGUGGGCAACCUGGUCUUCACGGGCAUCUUCACAGCCGAGAUGGUACUGAAGCUCAUCGCCUUGGACCCCUACGAGUACUUCCAGCAGGGCUGGAACGUCUUUGACAGUAUCAUCGUCACCCUCAGCUUGGUGGAACUGGGCCUGGCUAAUGUGCAGGGGCUGUCUGUGCUCCGCUCCUUCCGUCUGCUGCGGGUCUUCAAGCUGGCCAAGUCGUGGCCAACACUGAACAUGCUCAUCAAGAUCAUCGGCAACUCGGUGGGGGCGCUGGGCAACCUGACGCUGGUGCUGGCCAUCAUCGUGUUCAUCUUUGCCGUCGUGGGCAUGCAGCUGUUCGGCAAGAGCUACAAGGAUUGUGUGUGCAAGAUUGCCUCGGACUGCGCCCUGCCCCGCUGGCACAUGCACGACUUCUUCCACUCUUUCCUCAUCGUCUUCCGCAUCCUGUGUGGGGAGUGGAUCGAGACCAUGUGGGACUGCAUGGAGGUGGCUGGCCAGGCCAUGUGCCUUACCGUCUUCCUCAUGGUCAUGGUCAUCGGCAACCUGGUGGUCCUGAACCUCUUCUUGGCCCUGCUGCUGAGCUCCUUCAGCGCUGACAGCCUCGCGGCCUCGGACGAGGAUGGCGAGAUGAACAACCUGCAGAUCGCCAUCUGGCGCAUCAAGUGGGGCAUCGGCUUUGCCAAAGCCUUCCUCCUGGGGCUGCUGCAUGGCAAGAUCCUGAGCCCCAAGGAUAUCAUGCUCAGCCUUGGGGGACCCGGGGAGGCUGGGGAGGCAGGGGAGGCUGAGGAGAGUGCCCCCGAGGAUGAGAAGAAGGAGCCACCGCCUGAGGAUGAUGACAAAGACCUGAAGAAGGACAAUCACAUCCUGAACCACAUGGGCCUGGCUGAUGGCACUCCCAACAGCAUCGAGCUGGACCACCUCAACUUCAUCAACAACCCCUACCUGACCAUCCACGUUCCCAUUGCCUCCGAGGAGUCUGACCUGGAGAUGCCUACAGAGGAGGAGACUGACACUUUCUCAGAGCCUGAGGAUGGCAAGAAGCCACUACAGCCCCUCGACGGGAACUCCUCCGUCUGCAGUACGGCCGACUACAAGCCCCCCGAGGAGGACCCCGAGGAACAGGCCGAGGAGAACCCUGAGGGGGAGCAGCCUGAGGAGUGCUUCACCGAGGCCUGUGUGCAACGCUUUCCCUGCCUCUCCGUGGACAUCUCCCAGGGCCGUGGGAAGAUGUGGUGGACACUCCGCAGGGCCUGCUUCAAGAUUGUCGAGCACAACUGGUUUGAGACCUUCAUUGUCUUCAUGAUCCUGCUCAGCAGUGGAGCCUUGGCCUUCGAGGACAUCUACAUCGAGCAGCGGCGAGUCAUCCGCACCAUCCUGGAGUACGCUGACAAGGUCUUCACCUACAUCUUCAUCAUGGAGAUGCUGCUCAAGUGGGUGGCUUACGGCUUCAAGGUAUACUUCACCAACGCCUGGUGCUGGCUCGACUUCCUCAUCGUGGAUGUCUCCAUCAUCAGCCUAGUGGCCAACUGGCUGGGCUACUCCGAGCUGGGACCCAUCAAAUCCCUGCGGACACUGCGUGCCCUGCGUCCCCUGAGGGCACUGUCCCGCUUCGAGGGCAUGAGGGUGGUGGUGAAUGCCCUCCUGGGAGCCAUUCCCUCCAUCAUGAAUGUGUUGCUCGUCUGCCUCAUCUUCUGGCUCAUCUUCAGCAUCAUGGGCGUCAACCUGUUUGCCGGCAAGUUCUACUACUGCAUCAACACCACCACCUCCGAGAGAUUCGACAUCUCCGAGGUCAACAACAAGUCCGAGUGCGAGAGCCUGAUGCACACAGGCCAGGUCCGCUGGCUCAAUGUCAAGGUCAACUACGACAACGUGGGUCUGGGCUACCUCUCCCUCCUCCAGGUGGCCACCUUCAAGGGCUGGAUGGACAUCAUGUAUGCAGCCGUAGACUCUCGGGAGGAGGAGCAGCCGCAGUAUGAGGUGAACAUCUAUAUGUACCUCUAUUUCGUCAUCUUCAUCAUUUUCGGGUCCUUCUUUACACUCAACCUCUUCAUCGGCGUCAUCAUUGACAACUUCAACCAGCAGAAGAAGAAGCUUGGAGGGAAAGACAUCUUCAUGACGGAGGAACAGAAGAAAUACUAUAAUGCCAUGAAGAAGCUUGGCUCCAAGAAGCCUCAGAAGCCAAUUCCCCGGCCCCAGAACAAGAUCCAGGGCAUGGUGUAUGACUUUGUGACGAAGCAGGUGUUCGACAUCACGAUCAUGAUCCUCAUUUGCCUCAAUAUGGUCACCAUGAUGGUGGAGACGGACGACCAGAGCCAGCUCAAGGUGGACAUCCUGUACAACAUCAAUAUGGUCUUCAUCAUCGUCUUCACGGGGGAGUGUGUGCUCAAGAUGUUCGCCCUGCGCCAAUACUACUUCACCGUUGGCUGGAACAUCUUCGACUUCGUGGUUGUCAUCCUGUCCAUUGUGGGCCUCGCACUCUCCGACCUGAUCCAGAAAUACUUCGUGUCACCCACACUGUUCCGUGUGAUCCGCCUGGCACGGAUCGGGCGCGUCCUGCGGCUGAUCCGUGGGGCCAAGGGCAUCCGGACGCUGCUCUUUGCCCUCAUGAUGUCACUCCCUGCCCUCUUCAACAUUGGCCUGCUCCUCUUUCUGGUCAUGUUUAUCUACUCCAUCUUCGGCAUGUCCAACUUUGCCUAUGUGAAGAAGGAGUCAGGCAUCGAUGACAUGUUCAACUUUGAGACCUUUGGCAACAGCAUCAUCUGCCUCUUCGAGAUCACCACGUCAGCUGGCUGGGACGGGCUCCUCAAUCCCAUCCUCAACAGCGGGCCCCCUGACUGUGACCCCACACUGGAGAACCCGGGCACCAGUGUCAGGGGUGACUGCGGCAACCCCUCCAUCGGCAUCUGCUUCUUCUGCAGCUACAUCAUCAUCUCCUUCCUCAUCGUGGUCAACAUGUACAUUGCCAUCAUCCUGGAGAAUUUCAACGUGGCUACUGAGGAGAGCAGCGAGCCCCUGGGUGAGGACGACUUUGAGAUGUUCUAUGAGACAUGGGAGAAGUUUGACCCUGACGCCACGCAGUUCAUUGAUUAUAGCCGCCUCUCUGACUUCGUAGACACCUUGCAGGAACCACUGAGGAUCGCCAAGCCUAACAAGAUAAAGCUCAUCACGCUGGACCUGCCCAUGGUGCCCGGCGACAAGAUCCACUGCCUGGACAUCCUCUUUGCCCUGACCAAAGAGGUCCUGGGUGACUCUGGGGAAAUGGAUGCCCUCAAGGAGACCAUGGAGGAGAAAUUCAUGGCAGCCAACCCAUCCAAGGUCUCCUAUGAGCCCAUCACCACCACCCUCAAGAGGAAGCAGGAGGAGGUGUGCGCCAUCAAGAUCCAGAGGGCCUACCGCCGGCAUCUGCUUCAGCGCUCUGUGAAGCAGGCAUCCUACAUGUACCGCCACAGUCAGGACGGCAGCGGGGAUGGGGCCCCCGAGAAGGAGGGACUGAUCGCCAACACCAUGAGCAAGAUGUAUGGCCGUGAGAAUGGGAACAGUGGUGUGCAGAGCAAGGGUGAGGAGAGGGGCUCAACAGGGGAUGCUGGACCUGCCAUGGGGCUCACACCCAUCAGCCCCUCGGACUCUGCCCUCCCUCCCUCCCCACCCCUGGGGCUGACUGUGCGCCCAGGGGUCAAAGAGUCUCUUGUCUAGCAGGCUGCAUCAAGGUGGCCAGCAGAGCCUGGUAUAGCCCUAAAGCUCCCCUGUGGUGCCCGCUUGCUGAGGAAGCAGGGCUUUGAGUCUGGGACUGAUCUGGCUCCCUGUCAGUGACAGGAUUUGGCCAUGCUGGGGCUGACACUCAGAAUGGAGCACCUGCCUCCCCAGGUCAUAGAAAAUGGGAAUUGCACUCUGAGGUUCCAAACUGGGCCUGAGGCCCCUGCCUCCAUGAUUUCACCUUCAAGUUGUUCUCACCUCCUCAUGGGCCCUGCUACCCCUCCUCUUGGCCUGGGGGGAGGUCAGAACAUCAGAAUCUCUGCCCUCCACUUGGGGAGGAGCUGGCCUACAAUGGAGGGAUUUGCUGCCUUCCUGCCACCAGAGUCUUAAGAGCUACUGGCCUCUCCCCAGGCAGUGGCUCAGGUGCCCAGCCCCUCCAGGACGUCUUAACUUCAGUGACAGCAGACACCUGACCCCAGGCCCUGCCAGCUCUCUGACUCUGAGAUGCAGCUUCACCCUGCCAGCUCAGGAUUUCCCUGGGAAAGAGAAGUGUCACUGGUCCAGAGAUGGCUCCACAAACCUGAUUGGCCACUGGAUCCUGACACAUCGGGCUGGGGUUGUGUUCCCUGAAACCAUUUCCCAGUUUGUCCAUUGUCCAGACCCCUGGCUCCCCUGGCUGGCCCCUGGGGGAAGAACAGAAGGAGAAUUCCACUUGAGGACUGUCUUUUUCUGGGAAGCACAGAUGGGUAGUAUAGGGUGGAUCCUACCAGCUGUGUCAUUGCACUGGAGGCUUUCUUGGCCUUAGCACCCAGACCUGGGGUGGGGUCGGGGACCCUGGGGCUCAGGAGGCAGAUUCCUGUCCCUCCCUCCCUUCCUCAGUCCUCCAUUAGCACUGGGGCUCCCUGUAGCCUCACCAAGCCUCGAGAUCACCUUGUCGUCCCCCACCACGCCCAUCUCUUUCUCCCUCCUCAUCUUUUCUUCUCCCUCCUCAAAGUGAUCCUAAGAACGUUAUAGUUGAGCCCAUGUGAGAGAUUUCAACACCGGGGCAUGCUUGGCUCACCUGGCUCAGGCCCAGCCUUCCAACUUCCUGCUGCCUGGAAAGCCGGGUGGCACGUCAGCUGGCAUGGCAGUGCCAGGCCUCUGCUGGCUCCUGGAGAACAGACAGAGGCCAAGCUUGGAGAAGGGGGUGAGAGACCUGCUCAGGCAUUACUGGAUUUAUUCACCUGUGUGUGUCCCUUUGUGUCUGCUUUGUGCCAUGUGUAUAGCUGUGUGUGUGUGUUAAAGUGUGUGAACCACCGCGUCCUACGAUGACUGCAUAUGCAUGUGUGUAUGGUUAUAUUUGUAUAUAUGUGUGUCAUUGUGCCCCUGUAGUGUCUGGCUGGUGUGUGUGUGUCUUCUGUGCAGGGCUGUCCAUGUGGUAUGCCUGUGUUGUGAGUGUGUGUACAAGUGUGAACACGUGGUAAGGUUUGCACAUUGAGUCCCUGUUGGCCUUAGUUCCUCUUCUUUUUCUUCUUGUUUCUCAUGAACAGUUUGAUUAAAACUCAGGAAGCAGCAAAACCUCCAAAACAACAUGUGUGUGUGUUUGUGUGUGUGCACACCCAAGGCUGGAGCCUUCCUUUCUGUCUGCCCUCCUCACCGCCCUACCUGGGCAUCCCUCUCUCUCACUCCCCAUGAGUCCACUCUUCUCUCUUCCUCUGGUUCUCUUCAUCACACCCAUUGCCCCAGCCCUGCUCCCCAUCUCCUGCCUGUGUCCUCUGCGGAAGGAGGCCCCCACUCCUUCUGUCUCCUCCUGCAGAAGGUUCAUCCUAUAGGGGGCAGCCUCGUCCCUGACCAGCCCUCUGCCCACUGCCUUUCCCUCCUCCAGCCCUGGACGGGUGCGGCCCUAAGAGCCUCAGCAUCUGCUGGACUGGAUAUCCUCCCCUGGACCGUGUACAGAUUGCAGAGCCUUCCCCACCUGUGGCCCUCUCCCCUGCAGAUCCACACCCAUUCGCACCUUGUCUGGGUGGGGACAGGCCCAAGCCAGGCCGGCAGAUGGGGUCCUUUGUACAGUUCUUAUAAUAAACCUCCCCCUGGUGCCUCUGA